AGGAAGCCAGCGCCUGGUAUCCUCUUGGUAUCCUCCUGGUAUCCUCAACAGCUCUCUGCCUGCCAUGAUCAAGUGCUUGUCAGCUGAAGUGCAGUCUAAGCUGCGCUCUGGGUUGGCCAUAUGCUCCCUGGGCCAGUGUGUCGAAGAGCUUGUCCUCAACAGUGUUGAUGCUGAAGCGAGAUGUGUGGCUGUCCGGGUGAAUCUCGAAACCUUCCAAGUUCAAGUGAUAGACAAUGGCAUGGGCUUGGGGAGUGAUGAUCUAGACAAGGUGGGAUAUCGGUAUUUCACCAGUAAAUGCAACUCCAUACAGGACUUGGAGAACCCAAGGUUUUUUGGUUUCCGAGGAGAGGCCUUGGCAAGCAUAGCUGACAUGGCCAGUGCUGUGGAAAUUUCUUCCAGGAAAAAUGAGACAAUGAAGACUUUCAUCAAACUAUUUCAGAAUGGAAAAGCCCUGAAAGUUAGUGAAGCUGACUUGACCAGACCAAGUGCUGGAACCACAGUAAUCAUAUAUAAUCUCUUUUACCAGUUGCCUGUAAGGAGGAAGUGCAUGGAUCCCAGACUGGAGUUUGAGAAGGUCAGACAGAGGAUAGAGGCGCUCUCAUUGAUGCAGCCUUCCAUUUCUUUUUCUUUGAGAAACGACAUUACCGGGUCCAUGGUUCUUCAACUCCCCAAAACCAAAGAUAUAUGUUCCCGCUUCUGUCAAAUUUACGGACUGAGUAAGUCUCAAAAUUUAAGAGAAAUCAAUUUUAAAUAUAAUGAAUUUGAGCUUAGUGGUUAUAUUAGCUCGGAAGCACAUUACAAUAAGAAUAUGCAGUUUUUGUUUGUGAAUAAAAGGUUGGUUUUAAGGACAAAGUUGCACAAGCUCAUUGGCUUUUUAUUAAGAAAAGAAAGUGUCAUAUGCAAGCCAAAGAGUGGCUCUGCCAGUAGGCAAGUGAAUUCAAGCCCUCGGCAGCGAUCUAACCCAGAACUCCACGGGAUAUAUAUCAUCAAUCUGCAGUGCCAAUUCUGUGAGUAUGAUGUGUGCUUGGAGCCAGCAAAAACUCUGAUUGAGUUUCAGGACUGGGACAGUCUUUUGAUUUGCAUCCAAGAGGGCAUAAAAAUGUUUCUAAAGAAAGAAAAGUUAUUUAUGGAAUUGUCAGGUGAGGACAUUAAGGAGUUCAGUGAAGAGAAUGAUUUUAGCUUAUUUAGUGCUACACUUCAGAAGCAUGUACCUUCGAAUGAAAAGAGUAAUCAGAUCAGUUUCCAAGAGGCAUGUAAUGAUAUAUUGGAUUCCUAUGAAAUGUUUAAUCUGCAAUCCAAAGCUGUGAAGAGAAAAGCCCCUCUAGAAAAUACAGAUGCACAAAAUUGUAAGGAUUCGGAAACCCAAAGAAAAAACACAAGUGAUUCAUUUUCCUAUGCUUGUGAAACAGAGAUCCCAAGCCAGAGUCAAAUGACAGAGCCAUCAUCACCAAGUGAGGAUAGGUCUUGCUCAGAAAAUUGUAUCGUCAGCCAAACAACAGCUGAAGCUUCAGAACCAGGAAAAAAUGAGGAAAAUGAAAACACUCACUUUGAGCCUAACUCUUCAGAAAACCCAUGUAGAGCCAGCUCAAAAAUGUGUGUGAGCCCUUGGCAGAGAACAUACCACUUUGAGGACAGUGGAGAAGAUCUAGAAAUACAGAAAGUCAACACUACUAUUCAUGACACGACUGUCAACAUCCUGAAAACCAACAGAAUUCAGAAUCAACUAGAGAGACAUAAAAAGGCUACGGACUUGGCAUGCCAGCCGCUGCCUUUUGAGACAUUAUUGAGAGAAUGUGGUACUCAGAGAGAGACAGAGAAAAGUAAGAAAGAAGCUGGUAAUUAUGGAAGAAUAAAUGUUUUUAGCUGUGGACAAGUUAAAUUAUCUUCUACUGGCUUCAUAACUCACGUGGUGCAAAAUGAACAACAUAAACCAAUGGAAACACAACUUUUCUUUAAAAACUCUGUUCUGUCUGAACCUGUGAGUGAGAGAUUUGCAAGUAGAACACGUCAUUCGGUGGCGACUUCAAACAUCCCAGAUUUAACCAGCACUUUUAGUCAUGAAUUUGCUCAGCUGCCCAAUACACAGCUUUUCCAAGCAAAUACAAGCUUUGGGCAAGAGAAAAAGACGAAAUCAACAUACACAGAUUUUGCAGUUUCUCAAACAGGUAGCAAAAAUACAAACACAGAUGGCUUAUUUCCUGACACAUCCUCUUUCCCUUUGUGUAGAAAUGUUUCAAAUGGUAGUAAGAAAACAAGUACAUUAACAGGUUCCUUUAAAACCAUUAACCGUAAAAAACUGAGCUUGAAUGCACAACUGGGAUCUUUAGAGAAGUUUAAAAGGCAAUAUGGGAAGGUUAGAAAUCAUCUAAGUACUCAAGUGGAGCAAAAUGAUUUUGAGAUCACUACCAAUGUCAAUCAAAUCAAUUCUGAUGCCCCCCAGAGAGACAAAAAUUACAUAGAUGCGUCUUGCACUCAUGAACUCACUACUGUGAAACAGGGUGAUUCAACUAGUUGUCAACAAGUGAGUAAGAUUCCUGAUUCAGACGAGUUUCUCUCUUCCAGGGAAAAAGACUAUUGGAAACAACAAAUGCCUUACUUAGGAGAAAGUCUUACAACUCCGCAGGAAUUACCUCAGGAUAACGGAAAAACUGUAGAUGCUGAAAAGUCACCCAAAUCACUAGCCUCCAAAUUAUCCAAGAUGAAAAGUUCUGAAAGAGAGAAUCCCACAAUAAAGAUGAGUCAUUCGGAGGAGUUUGCACAAUUGGAUUCCAGUAGGAAAGACGGCGAUUUGUGCGAUGGGGUAACCCUGAGUUCUCAGUUACUUACAAAUGAACUUGAAAGAAAUGAGAGUCACAUUGUGGAAAUGUCAGACUCUGUCACGCAGGGUAAUUCCUUUUGUAAAGUUAGUGAGCCACAUGCUGACAGCAAUCCAUUAGAGAACUCUGUGAUACCAGAACUUCCUUCAGUAUCAACCUCUAAUAACAAUGAUGCAUUUAAUAGCGCAGCUUCAGGAAUAGUUUCACAACAGAUCCCAGGUCCCAAUUCUUCCAAAAGAAUGUUUGUGAGUCACGUGGAAGACCUCACAGCUGACCACAUUGGAACAUGCAUUCAGAUGGAGCAGUCUAUAGCAAGGACUUAUUCAGAAACUGAGGACUCAAACACACGUUCUCUGGAAUGGCAGCAGCAUUUUGAUCUGGUCUUGGGAAGAAUGGUUUACAUCAACAAAAUGACAGGACUUAGCACGUUCGUCGAACCUACUGAGGAUGUGCAGGCUGCUUGUACACAAGACCUGACCACCAUGGCAGUCGAUGUCAGGCUAGAGAAUGGAUCUCAGUACAGGUGUCAUCCUUUUAGAAGUGACCUCGUUCUUCCUUUUCUUCCAAGAUCUCGGGAAGAGAGGUCUGUGAUGAGACAGACUAACAGAGAUGCCCUAGGGGAUGCGGCUGGUAGUGACUCGCUUCAGUCUUUGUUCUCAGAAUGGAGCAAUCCUGUAUUUGCCCGUUAUCCGGAGGUUGCUGUUGAUGUGAGCAGUGGCCAGGCUGAGAGUUUAGCAGUUAAAAUCCACAACAUUCUGUAUCCCUAUCGUUUCACCAAAGACAUGAUCCAUUCAAUGCAGGUUCUUCAGCAAGUGGAUAACAAGUUUAUUGCCUGUUUAAUGAGCACUAAGACUGAAGAGAAUGCUGGAGAAGGUGGGAACUUGCUGGUCCUGGUGGAUCAGCAUGCAGCACAUGAGCGCAUCCGUCUGGAGCAACUCAUUAAUGAUUCUUAUGAGAAACAACCGCGAAGCUCUAAUCGGAAAAAGUUACUGUCUUCCACUAUAAGUCCCCCCCUGGAAAUAACAGUGACAGAGGAACAAAGGAGACUCUUACAGUGCUACCAUGAAAAUCUGGAAGAUCUGGGUCUUGAAAUUCUAUUUCCAGACACAAGUGAUUCCCUGGUCCUGGUAGGCAAAGUACCCCUGUGUUUUGUUGAGAGAGAGGCCAGUGAACUUCGAAGAGGAAGGUCCACUGUGACCAAGAGUAUCGUGGAGGAGUUACUUCGAGAACAAGUAGAGCUCCUUCAGACCACUGGCAGCAUCCAGGGGACUUUGCCUCUGACCGUCCAGAAGGUGCUGGCAUCCCAAGCCUGCCAUGGGGCCAUUAAAUUUAACGACGGCCUGAGCCGAGAGGAGAGCUAUCGCCUUAUGGAAGCUCUGUCCUGGUGCCAGCUGCCUUUCCAGUGUGCCCAUGGGAGACCCUCCAUGUUGCCACUAGCGGACAUGAACCAUUUGGAGCAGGAAAAGCAGAUGAAACCCAAUCUGGCGAAACUUCGUAAAAUGGCGCAAGCCUGGCAUCUCUUUGGAAAAGCAGAAGGAUGUGCUUCAGGCUUUAAGGCCCAUCUGCCUUCUUGCGAACCACCAUGAGGACAAAGUCGUUGGUCUUGCAACUGGAGAAAUCAUAGCAGAUAGGGUGCUUGCCUUGUGCACAACUGCUGUCCUGGAUUCAAUCCACAGGACCACAUAGUCUCCUGGGCCCCUCCAGGAGUGAUUCUUGAGCUCAGAGCUUCGAUUAAGCCCUGAACGCUGCCAGGUGUAGCCCAUAAAACAGAAACCAAAAUCCUUCAUCUUUAAGGAGCUCUGGGGACGCUUACUGCACGCCUCUGAGCAUGCACAGCAGUGCUGGGCCUCAGCCGGGCACCACAUCAGCCCGUCUCCCUUGGGCAGACGUCUGGCUGAACAACAUGAAGGACUUCAAGCCGAGGAACGGUUCAUUCCUUGGAGUCCGUGCUCACAGGACGUUGCCCUUUCAUGAUCUAUUUUAAAUUCCAUUAUUAGGGAUAAAAUUUCAUGAUUAAUUGUUCAAUGAUCAGGUUGGUUUACCGUUU